AUGUCUUCGGACCAGCACGAGAACGGGUCCCCGGCCGCCGAGCGCCAGGAAGCCCCCGCCCAGACGGAGCACCUCAACAUUAAAGUCACGGAUAACAACAACGAGGUCUUCUUCAAGAUCAAGAAGUCCACCAAGCUCGAGAAGCUCAUGGGCGCCUUUUGCGAGCGUCAAGGCAAGACUGUCAACUCGGUUCGGUUUCUCUUUGAGGGCCAGCGGGUUCAGCCAAACGAUACCCCCGAUACGCUCGAGAUGGCAGAUGGUGACACCCUUGAAGUUCACCAGGAGCAGGUGGGCGGCAGUGGACUUUUCUAG